CGUCAUCCUAUUCCUCGCUCAGGUCUUUCUGCUACUUUUCUGCUUUAAUACUCUCUGACGUUAUCGUCUUAUUACUCAUUCAAUCCUACACAAUGGCUGCUCCUGCUGCUUUCUCCGACAUCGCCAAGGCGGCCAACGAUCUCCUUAACAAGGACUUCUACCACGGCUCUGCUGCUAGCCUUGAGGUCAAGUCCAAGGCCCCCAAUGGCGUCACCUUCAACGUGAAGGGCAAGUCCGCUCAUGAGGGUCCUAUCGCUGGCAGUCUCGAGGCCAAAUACGUCGACGCCCCUACUGGCCUCACCCUCACCCAGGCGUGGACUACUGCCAACGCCCUCGACACCAAGCUCGAGCUCGACAACAACAUCGCCAAGGGCCUCAAGGCUGAGAUCAUUACCCAGUACCUUCCUGCCAAGCAGUCCAAGGGUGCUAAGCUCAACCUUCACUUCAAGCAGCCCAACCUGCACGCUCGUGCUUUCUUCGAUCUCCUCAACGGCCCCUCUGCAAACUUCGAUGCCGUUCUUGGCCACGAAGGCUUCCUCGUCGGUGCCGAGGGUGGCUACGAUGUCCAGAAGGCCGCCAUCACCAAGUACUCCGCUGCCGUCGGCUACAGCGUUCCUCAGUACUCCGCUGCCAUCCAGGCUGCUAACAACCUGACUGUCUUCUCUGCCAGCUACUACCACCGCGUCAACGCUCAGGUUGAGGCUGGUGCUAAGGCCACUUGGGACUCCAAGACCGGCAACUCCGUCGGCCUUGAGGUUGCUAGCAAGUACAGACUGGAUCCUUCUUCCUUUGCCAAGGUCAAGAUCAACGACCGGGGUAUUGCCGCCCUGGCUUACAACGUUCUUCUCCGCCCUGGUGUUACCCUCGGCCUUGGUGCUUCUUUCGAUACCCAGAACCUCAACCAGGCUGCUCACAAGGUUGGCGCCAGCUUCACUUUCGAGGCUUAAGCGACUCUUUGCCUUCCUCUUUGCUGUUAGGACGUGCCAACUCCUCUCUUUUGCUCCAGUAUGCGAGUUAUUGCAUAUAAGGGGCAGUAAGAUAGGAUUAGUUGGACCGUGAUAUCUAGAUAUCAGGUAAUCAUUGGCGACCACUGUAUAUCAAUAUGAUCAUUUCCUU